AUGGACUCGAGAAAGACGAGUUCGCGGCUGCCGUCCCUCCGAGCCGUGGAGGAGGUGCUGCCGAUGUACGCGCCGCGAAUGCAGCUGGGGGCGGGCUCAUUCGGACGGGUGUUUCUGAUGGAGCACCGGCAGACGGGCGGAAAGGUAGCCGUUAAGACGCUGAAGAAGGAACGGAUAGUGGAGCUGGGGAUGCAGGAUAAGGUUCGGCGGGAGAUCAGCAUUCUGCUCCGCGUGCGUCAUCCCAACGUCAUCCGUCUCUACAACGUCGUCGAGACGCCCAAGUACAUUCUCCUGCUAAUGGAAUACGCCGAAAACGGUGAGCUAUUCGACUACAUCACGCAGCGCGGGCGCUUAACGGAGGGCGAGGCGCGGCGAAUCUUCCAGCAGAUCGUGGCGGGAGUGGAGUACUGCCACCGCCGCAUGGUGGUCCAUCGCGACCUCAAACCCGAGAAUAUCCUGCUCGACGCGUCGUGGACCGUCAAGAUCGCCGACUUCGGCCUCGGGAACCUCAUGACCGAAGGACAUUUUCUGCGGACGAGUUGUGGCUCGCCAAAUUACGCUGCGCCUGAGGUCAUCAGCGGCCGCUUCUACUGCGGCCCGGAGGUGGACGUGUGGGGGUGCGGCGUCGUGCUCUACACGCUCCUCUGCGGCCGCCUCCCCUUCGACGAGAAGUCCCACGUGGCGCUCUACCAGAAGAUUAAAGCCGGCGCCUAUUCCCGCCCCACGCACGUCACCCCCGCCGUGCAAGAUCUCCUAGCGCGUCUCCUAGUCGUCGAUCCUACCAUGCGCGCCACGAUCCCCGAGAUCCGACGGCAUCCGUGGUUCCUGCCGUGGUUCCUGCCGUCCGAUCUGAUCCGCCUGCAGGAGGACACGGCCGCCGGCCGGCCGGCGGCGCCGCUACAGCUGAACGCGACGGCGAUUUCGAACCUCCAGGCGGUGAGGGUGACGGGGGAGGGACGCGCGGUGCUGGCGGGGAAUUGGGUGCAAGAGGCCUUUGCGGCUAGGUUCGCUGGUCCCUACGUGCUCCUCUGCUAUGCCCCCUACCCGCUUGUAGCAACAGCGCUGCGUUACCAGGGGUGUCUAGAGGCGGCUGUAGCGGCUGUAGCAGAAGAGGCGGAGCUACAGAGGCGGCGGCAGCAGCAGCAGUACAGGUGGCGCGCUGCGAUUAGUGAACGCGUGGAGAAGCGCCAGCGUGGCGGGGUAGCCGCCCUGCUCUCCCUCUCCCCGCCUAGACCUCUCACAGGGUCCCUCUCGUCCCCUGUGCUUAUAGAGCAGGCCAUUCCCGCCGCCACUUCGUUUGAAGCACUUGCUGCAGCGCAAAAGAAGCUGGCUCAGGGGGGUGGGCCUGCUGCUGCUGCGGCGGCGGCUGUAGCAGCGGCUGUAGCGGCUGCUGCUGCGGCAGCCCUAGGGAGUAGUCGAAGCAGCAGCAACGGUAGCUCUGGUGGGGGUGUUGCUGCUAUGGGGACUGCGGCGGCAGCUGCUGCGGCAGCAGCAGGGGAUGGGCUGCGGUUUGAAGUGGUGCUGAUGCAGGAUGGGAAGGGGGAGAGUUUGUUGGACCUGUGCCUGCUGUCGGGGUCUAGUGCGGCGUUUGCGGAUUUCUGCUCUAUCUUCUGGCACAACCUGUCGCAGCUGUGA